AUGUCUUGUUGCAUCCCAUCUUGUGGACCUUCUUGUGCCGUCCCAUCCUGCGCCUCCACUCCAGUAGUUGGCCUUGGACCGUGCGGGCCCACCUCUGGCAUCGGUGGGGGUCUCGUUGGUGGCGGAAUCAUCGGAGGUGGUGCUGUGUCAUCAAGCAGCCUCGGCAUCUAUCCUGGUGCCCAGAUUGGAUGCACCACCCAGAUCCCACCGUCCGAAGUGGUGAUCCAGCCACCUCAAUAUGUUGUGACCAUCCCUGGGCCCAUCCUGUCUGCCAGCUGUGAACCCUUAGCCGUGGGAGGCUACAGCCCAUGUGCUUCCGGAGGUUAUGGAGGUUACGGAGGAGGCUAUGGACGCCUUGGAAGUGGAAUUGGGGGCAUCUGUUCACCGAGACGUAGACAAAGCAUCUGCAGAUACCCCUGCUAA